UAAUAAGAGGUCUGAUCCAGCGAGCUUGUGUCGCUGUAGUUCACUCGACUACUUGUCAGGGAUGAGGUGCUGUAGCCCGACAUUGUUUGUUGGUUGUUCUCGGUAAUGUCGAUAGGUGAUAAUAUCUGGAGGAUGGACUGCCGGGGAGUUCUGCUUGGAAUAUGCGCCGCUUAUUUCAUAGGCAUGGUGCUGAGCCAGACCACACUCACUCCUGCCGUGAUGAACACGACUCUCAUUGAGAAUGUGACCAGUCUGACUCCAACUCCUGUGAUUCUCAGUAGCACGACCCCGAGCUGCUCUGCAUUCAAUACUUCGACUUGUGAGCCCUGUGCACCAGGAUCGCAGUACGACAACAACACCCUGCUGUGCGCGUGCUGUUCUGACCCCGGGCUGUGUCUAUUUCCUGGAGCCUGUCUGCCAUGCACCAGAGGUUUCUAUCAGCCCCUAGCUGGUCAGCAGCAGUGUCUGCCCUGCAACCGUGGUUUCUACACAAAUUUCACAGGAAGUCCAUUAUGUCAGCCCUGCUCUCCUGGAUCCUUCAACAAUAACACUGGUGGAGACACUUGCACAAGUUGUUCACCAGGUUUCUUUUCAUCGCAGCAGAGUUCCACUUCAUGUUCACCCUGCGCACUAGGAAGUUUUUGCAACUCCUCUGGUUGUACCCGGUGCCAGACAUGUCCUGGAGGAACAGAAGCUAUACAGACCGCUGCUAAAGACUGCACACCGUGUCGGCCAGGCAUGCACAAGGCUCCCCAUCAGAGUUUGUGUCAAAUCUGCAGCAGUGGCUUCUUCCAGAUCCACUGGGGUCAGGAAAGCUGUGAUGUUUGCCCAGAGAAUCACUACUGCCCUAGUCCUGAUGUGAACCCCAUUCAGUGUCCGAAUGAUGCAUUUUGCCCAGAGGGCAGCUUGGCUCCAGGCUACUGCAUGGAGACUUUCUUCCGCAAAGCAGGGGACACUUGUGAAUUGGCUCCUGUCACUAUUGCUCUUUUAGUUAUUGGAGGAGGGGUGGCUCUACUCUUCAUCAUUUUAACGGUACUACGUCGACGACGAGACACUGACGGAGAGCUGAAUGUAGCCAGAGCUCCAUUGUUAGGCAAAGAGCGACCUCAAGGUCGAUACUAUGGGAUCCCCUGUGAUGCAGAACCUGUAUAUGCUGGCUGGUGAACCAAAGAACCUCCAGCGUAAUUUUCCUGCAGUAAGAGUUUGGUAGGACAACCAACUGAAGUCUCAUCUCCAUAAAUAAGACUUGUGACCCAACUAAAUACAAAAGAACUGAUAGAAAAAGACUGGGGGUAAAAUCCUGGAUUGGUGCCUUAAGAGUACUUUGAAAAUACACCAGCUUUUUUAUGGGUACAUUUUAAUAUAUUGUUCAAGAACAGAAGUUGACUCUUGCGAAUUCUUGUAGUUUGACACUGCUACAAUUGUUCCACUCAGAUGAACACUUUCCUUUUGUACACUGGUGUAUUGAAUAAUGAGAGCUAUGCUGGAACAGUGAAAAUGAGAUGCUUGCCUCGACUGGGUGGGAACCUCUCUUAUGAAGAGCGCCUUUUUUACGGAGGUAAUUGAUUUACUUUGCACUUGUGUUGGUAGAAUUGUGUUUGCCUCCUUUAACUUGUGUAGUUCCACAGUUACAGAGAGGUUUUACGGUGGUUGGUGCCUUGUUGUUUUUAAUGCAGUUGGUUACAGCACACCGUGUUAACUGUUGUAUGUUUUUCAUCUGCUUUUUUAAGGUUAUCUUGUAUGUUUUAAAUGAAAAUAAAUAAAAAGUAUUACCUUGA